GCUCCGCUCCUCUUUUCCUCUUUCUAGACCUCCAAUGGCUCCCGUCGUUCCAAGAUCUGGUGAUGCUAUAUUUGCCAACGUUGAGCGCGUGAAUUCUGAGCUGUUUACUCUCACGUAUGGGGCAAUCGUGCGACAAUUGCUUACGGAUCUGGAGGAGGUUGAAGAAGUCAAUAAGCAGCUCGAUCAAAUGGGUUACAACAUUGGAAUCCGGCUGAUUGACGAGUUUCUUGCUAAAUCUAACGUCACAAGAUGUGUUGAUUUUAGGGAGACAGCUGAAGUCAUUGCAAAGGUUGGCUUCAAAAUGUUUUUAGGUGUCACUGCAUCUGUGACAAACUGGGAUGCGGAGGGAACUUGUUGCAGUCUCAUUUUGGAUGAUAAUCCACUUGUAGAUUUUGUUGAGCUUCCGGAUACCUGUCAAGGCUUAUAUUACUGCAACAUUUUAAGUGGAGUUGUCAGGGGAGCUCUUGAGAUGGUGUCAAUGAAGACUGAAAUCACAUGGAUUAGGGAUAUGCUUAGAGGCGAUGAUGCAUUCGAGUUACAGGUGAAGCUUCUUAAACAAGUUCCAGAGGAAUAUCCAUACAAAGAUGAUGAGUAGCAUAAUCUUUAAUGAUUUUUGCAUUUCAUGGUUUGUGAUAGUACUUGUUUAGCAUUCGGUUCUGUAUUUUGUUAUGCUAGAACGAACCUAUUUCAUCUCCAGCGCUUGGUAGUGUUGCUGUAAUUGAAGAUUUGGAUCGGAACUAUUAUUAUCACAAAUGGUCAAGAAAUUCU